AUGGUACCAAUCUGUCCAUCAUCAAGAGGAAAAAAAAAAGUUGAGUUAGUGUGUCAGGUUGAUGAUCUUUUAUCAGAACUGAUGGAAAGUGUGAUGGUUCACGUGGCAGUCACCGGGACCCCGAAAGUGGGGAAGUCCGCCUUCAUUAAUUCCAUCUUGGGUUUUGAGGACAGCAAAGAUGGCGUGGCCCCCACUGGCAGCACCCAACAGGUGGCAAAGCCGGCACCUUACAGCCGCCCAGGAAACCCCAGCUCCGUGUUCUGGGAGCUCCCCAGCAUUGAGGCGGCCACCUUCUCACCAGGUGACUACCUGAAGGCAGUGGAGGCCGACAGGUACAUCGGCUUCUUCAUCCUGACGUCGACGAGGUUCACCCGGCAGGCUGCGGCCCUCGCUGGCGAGCUCAGGCGGGCUGGCAAACAGUUCUACUUGGUCCGCACCAAGAUUGACUUGAGCGCUCCUGGCUACAAGAACAAGGAGUUCACGGAGGACACCCUGCAUGUUAUGACCGCUGACCGCUUUGCAAACCUGGACAUCAAAUACACGACUGCUCGCUUCUUCUGUGUCUCCUGCCACGAGGUUGACCAGUUCGACUUUCUGGAGUGCAUCCAGGCUCUGCAGAAGAAUUCCUCCCCUCCACUCCAGAAACACGCCCUGUUGCUCUCCCUGCACUACUUGGCCAGCAAGGUGGAGCUGAAGAACUCCCUGAAAGAGUUGAUUCCGGUGUCGGCCAUCUACAGCUGCAUCAUCGACCCUGUCCCGGUCAAGCAGCUGCCUUACCAGGCCAACAUCCCCUUUCUGUACAACGAGAUCCGGUUUUACCGUGUCAUGCUGGGCCUGGACUUUGUGGCCUUGAGCAAAUGCGCCAAGCUGAUUGGCCGGCCAACCUUCGUCCUCUCGGAUGAGAUCCAGACCAAGAUGGCGAGGGAGCUGACGGAGGAGGGCGUCUCGGAGGAGCUGCUGAGGUGGACGCAGAAGAACGUGCAGGUCUCCCCCAGCAAUGCCAAGUGGGUACCCCUCCUCAAGACCCUGCCUGGAGGGAAGCUGUCUGGGGCUUCCACCAUCCGCUUGUUGGAUGCCAUGUUGGAGCAGUUCACAGAUGAUGCCUGCCGGAUUCAGAGGAAAAUGGUGGAUAUACUGAGGAAUGACUAA